GCGGAUGUCACUGCCCUCUUACUAUCAUCGCUGUGCUCGUUCUGCUAUAAAGCUCGUUCGGCAGCAAUCGAGAACCUAUAUAGGAUUCCCAGCCAGCUCCACCACUGUUUUUCUUCCUAUCACCCUUUCUCUCAAUAAAAGACGGUUUCAUAUAUCUGCACGUCUGCAAAUGUCUACGAAGAGCGAGAGCGAAUGGAGAGCUAUCCUCUCGCCGGAACAGUUCCGUAUCCUUCGUGAGAAGGGCACCGAAUACCCUGGUACAGGAAAGUACGAGAAGUUCAAGGGCGACGGCAUAUAUGCAUGCGCAGGAUGCGGUACGCCGCUUUACAAGAGUACCACCAAAUUCGACAGCGGCUGUGGCUGGCCAGCAUUCUUUGAUGCCAUUCCGGGUGCAGUGACCCGACAUGAGGAUCGAUCUUUAGGUCGAGUUCGUACCGAGAUCACCUGUACCGCAUGUGGUGGACACCUUGGUCAUGUCUUCAAGGGCGAAGGUUUCAAUACUCCUAUCGAUGAACGGCAUUGUGUAAAUUCGGUCUCUUUGAACUUCGUCGAUGAGGACAAGAACGCAUGAUCGCAGCCAUCGCUCAAUGUUCCGUUUGCACUGUGUAUCAUGUACCUUCUGUAUCCAUACCCUUAAUGAAUGAAUGAGUGCGACGAUUAU